AUGACGUUCGGCGUUACGCGCGACCAUGGCGCAUUUGAAUGGGCUGGCACCAGCUUGGAUGCCGUCUUCUGCCAACGGAAGAACAUCUUCUCGCCUCGGAUGUGGAGGAUGGUAUUCGAUAUAAUUCGCUUCAACCAGUUUGCUCUAGACCUGCUGAUGGCUGACGACGAGAACGACGCCGCUGCCAUGAAUGGAGACAGUGUAGGCGCUAAGCGGGAGGAAACGAUUGGUGACUAUCUUGAAAGAGAAGGUUACUCAGAUGCUUUCCGGGAUGACUAUCUCAUUCCUAUGACCGCCGCCGUAUGGAGUACAAGCCCGGAUAAAUGCACGUUGGAUUUCCCUGCAGUCACUCUCGUCCGCUUCAUGUGGAAUCAUCAUCUUUUAUCGACGGUCACUGCAAGGCCUCAGUGGCUCACCUUAAAGAAGUGUGCGAAGUCUUACGUCGACGCUGUAAUGAGUGGGUUCCCUUCGAAUCACUUGUUUCUCAAUACUCAGGUCACGUCGGUCACGAGCGAAGAAGACGGCAGGGUGCGAGUACACACUGCCAGCGGCAAAUCUGACGUCUACGAUCAUGUCGUUCUGGCAACCCAUGGUGACCAAGCUCUUCAAAUCAUCGAGGCAUCAGCCACUCCGGAAGAGAGGGAAAUCCUAUCCGCGUUCAAAACGUCGGAGAACUCCGUUGUCCUCCACUCAGACCUUUCAUUAAUGCCAGCUUCAAGAAAGGCAUGGUCGAGUUGGAACUAUCUUACUCUCUCUUCGCCAUCAACUGGUAAACAAAACAUUGACCAGGUUUCUUUAACAUACAACAUGAAUAUUCUUCAACACAUCCCACGCGAGACCUUCGGAGACGUGCUCGUUACGAUGAACCCCCUUCACGAGCCCAACCCGGACACAGUACAGGCCGCCUUUACCUACCGUCAUCCACUCUACACUCCGGAGGCAGUGCGAGCACAAAAGCUUCUCCCACGUAUUCAGAACAAGCGCGGUAUCAGUUACGCUGGAGCUUGGACAAAGUACGGCUUCCACGAGGAUGGUUUUAGCAGCGGCUUGCAUGCUGCCCAAGACCAUUUGUACGCGAAAUUGCCCUUCCAGUGGGUAGACUCAACGUAUAGCCGAGGGCGAAAGCCUUCGCUUGGUCUUGCUGACCUUCUGGUGAGGCUCGUCAUUCUUACCAUUCAAGUAUUUGUAAUAAAGGUUUUGGAGAGAGCUGUGGGCGUUGCGAAGAGAGUAGUGACUCCUCGUACUAAUCGCCUGAGGAGGACUGUAAAGAACGGAAAGCUCGCAUGA